CGUGGAAAAGACCGUGAACUAGAGUCUCUACAAACAUAACCUUUGAGAAAAAUAUUUAAGCGUAACCGAACAUACAAUUUUGUCAUAUGGACUGGCACACAUGUGAAUAGAAAUGCAACAAAUGUGCCCGCUGAAUAAUUCUGCGGAAAUUGUAUUCAAAACAAUAAAAUCAUAAUCCUUUCCUCAUCGUCAAAGUUUUAUUUAUAACGUACUGAUCGAGCAUUGUGGAAUACCGGCACUCGUCCAACCAUCGCAUAAAUUAGAAUCCAACCCAUAAAAAUACAUUAUUGAGAAGAAUCUACGUGAAUAUAGUAUCGUGAUAUGAAAUAUAGGCGUAAAUGGACUUGAAUAACCAAUUGUGUAUUUCAAUUUAGAAAUAAUGAAAUUACUACGCUCUUCGUUGGUUGCUACAUUCUGUAGAAAUAGACAACUGCAUGUAUCGGCAUGGAAAAAUCAAGAUGAGAAACGGAACAUGGGUGAAAGCACGUGGAUUGAGCCGACAGGAUUUGACACGGGAAUAGUAGUCUACAAUCCUAUACUAAAACGUAAAGUUCCAUUUAUUACAAGAAAUGAAGGAUACGCCAGUUGGUAUAUGUGCGGACCAACGGUUUACGACUCUGCACACAUUGGUCAUGCUUGUUCCUACGUUAAGCUGGACAUCAUCCGUCGAAUAUUAGUAGAAUAUUUUGACAUCAACUUGAUAACAGUGAUGGGCAUAACAGAUAUUGAUGACAAGAUAAUAAAGAAGUCUGAGGAGAGUAAGCGGGACUGGAAGGAUCUAACAAGGUUCUAUGAGAAAGAAUUUUUUUCCGACAUGGCAGCGCUAAAUGUUCAACAACCGUAUCUGUGCUGUCGUGUGUCAGAACACAUGCCUCAAAUAUUGCAAUUUAUAUUUCAAAUAGUAAAAAAUAGCGGGGCCUACGUCACCGAUGAAGGUUCAGUCUAUUUCGAUACCAGUAAAUAUCAGGCGUACGGAAAACUAGGCGUUAAGGAAACAACCGCACCUUGUACCCAGGGAAAAAAAAAUGGCCAGGAUUUCGCCCUUUGGAAGGCUGCCAAGCCUGGCGAACCGUUCUGGGAAAGUCCUUGGGGUCCCGGCAGACCCGGAUGGCAUAUAGAGUGCAGUGUACUGGCCAGUGAGAAAUUUGGAAAGGCUUUGGAUAUCCAUAGUGGAGGUAUUGACUUGGCAUUUCCUCAUCACGAGAAUGAGGAAGCUCAAUCAUGUCAGCAUCACGGAGUAUCACAGUGGGUUAAUUAUUGGCUACACACGGGACACCUUCAUAUGAAUAGUAUGAAAAUGUCCAAAAGUUUAGGGAACAGUAUCAGCAUCGCCGAAUUACUUGACAAAUUCACUGCCGAUCAGUUCAGGCUCUUUUGCUUGACCUCACAUUACAAAAGAGGAGUGGAAUACACGGAUGAUCUGAUGGCGGCGUCUGUUACAAUACUGAAGAAGGUUGAGUGUUUCUUAGAUGACUGCAAUAACUAUGUGAACGGAACUUUACCAGAGGGAAAUGUGGACGAAGUUGCAAUAUUGCAAGGCUUGGCGCAAUCGAAAUCGGUAAUUCAAUCGGCCUUAGCAGAUGAUUUCAAUACUCCAAAGGUGAUACGCGAAAUCACAAAUUUGGUUGCUCUUGGGAAUAAGAUGUUACAUUCACCUGAGGAAGAAGGAACAGUUCGAAGUCCCGCUGUUAUUGCUGCUCUCGCGAAUUAUGUAACAUCAACAUUGAAGUCUUUCGGGUUGGAAACAAAUACGAAGAAUACGCAGAAGAGUAGUAUACAAAUGGCGGACGUUAUAGAUAAUCUUGUAAAUUUGAGAAGAGAUGUUAGAAAUUUCGCGCUGGAAGUUAAGUUAAAGGAUAAGAGAUUACUAGAAGCAUGCGACGAGGCAAGGAAAAAUUUAUCCCUUCACGGAGUUCAAAUAAAGGAUUAUGGGAAUACAUGUACGUGGAGUUUUGGAGGAGCUAAGAAAACAUGAAUCUAAAAAUAGCACCAUCAUUUUCCUUUGCUAUUGAAACAAUGUUAUCCGUUAGGCUACCAGUAAAAUAAUUGUACAAA